AUGCUUUCCGACGAAAUGACGACUGGUUCAGUCAACUCAUCCGAGGCCCACAAACGGGCAUUCGCCGCACGCAGCCAUAGCUGGAACAUCACACAGCAAAGAUUCAAAGAUGCUUUCCCAGAGGUGCGUGGUCACGUAUUCCAUUGUACCGCUGCAACUAACGGCCUGGGGCAGUACUCGACACCCCUCAUCCGUGAUCUACCAAACAUGGGUGAGAAAGAGCGAGGGAAGCCAGAUCCUGUUCCAAAUGUGCCUUCAGCAUCUUUUGCGCAGCCCCCGCAAAUCACGGCUACAGGAUCAAGUUCAGCGAUUGCUGUUCCCACACGGAUCGGUUCGGACCAUUUUGCUUCAUCUGCACUUUCUGCUUUAUCAUUAACACACUAUGAAGAGGCACGAUCGACAGCUGUCGCGAGACCAGACGACGCGACACUUACCAACAGAGCGGCGGGGCCACCGCCUGCAGCAGCUCCCGGAUGGACGGCGACUUGGCGAAGCUUCAUUUACGAGAAAUGGCGUCUGUGUGCCUUUAUAGCCGUGGCACUUAUGGUAUCGCGAUUUUCCACUCGAACAUGA